AUGUGGAUUGUUGAAUGGUUUCAAGACGUUUUAUCCUCCCUUGGAUUAUGGAACAAACAUGCUAAAUUAUUAUUCUUAGGUUUAGAUAAUGCCGGUAAGACUACUUUAUUACAUAUGUUGAAAAACGAUAGAUUAGCAACUUUACAACCAACUUUACACCCAACUUCCGAAGAACUUGCCAUUGGAACUGUUAGAUUCACCACUUUUGAUUUAGGUGGACAUUUACAAGCCAGAAGAUUAUGGAAAGAUUAUUUCCCGGAAGUUAACGGUAUUGUUUUCUUAGUUGAUGCAGCUGAUCCAGAAAGAUUCCAAGAAUCAAGAGCUGAAUUAGAAUCACUUUUCAGAAUUGAGGAAUUAAAAGAUGUUCCAUUCGUCAUCUUAGGUAACAAGAUUGAUUCUAGUAAAGCUGUUGGUGAAAUGGAUUUAAAAACCGCUUUAGGUUUGUUCAAUACUACUGGUAAAGAUACUGGUAAAUUACCUGAUGGUCAAAGACCAAUUGAAGUUUUCAUGUGUUCAGUUGUCAUGAGACUGGGUUACGGAGAAGGUUUCAAAUGGUUAUCCAAAUAUAUCUAG